AUGGCCCCGCACCGAUCGAUGAUGUUGGCGCUGUAUGUAGUCGUGUCGGCCUUAACUCUCGGUGUCACCAAAGGCCACUGGGAGGCAAUCGCUGCCAGCUCCACGUCGGAAUGUUGCGGCACGUGUAUCGGUAAGACGACAAGCGCGGCGUAUUCCUACGACCCCGUUAUCUUUUCUCAAUGUUCGAACGUGACCGGCGGCGUGUGCUGCUUCGACUGCGGUAGUUUGGGCGAUCCGACGUACGGAGACACAGUCUCGUACGCUUCCGACGGCGUGACGGCGGUCGUCAAGGCCGGCACGUACAUUUCCUUCACUUGGGGUGAUGUGGCGAACGUCACGUACAUUUCCCUCAAGACCGGGCAGAAGAAGACGGUGACGCCCACUGUUUCCGAUGCGUCAGCGACCAAGAAGUCCAAUACUUUCCUUAUCUGUGCCAAGAGUGCAGGGACGAUUUACUUUCGAGGGUGGGGCAGUGAUACCUGCCGCGAGGCGUCUCAGGAACACGCGAUCACGGUCGAGGCGGGUGACUCCAGUGCUAGCACGUGUGACGCCUCGGAAGCGAGUAUUCUAGACACAGAGGCGUCGACUUCCAGCGCUAAAAGCUCUGGUUCCAGCUCGCUUCCAGCGGACGACACGGUGGACAGCUGCAACGCCCAGCGAGCGAGUAUUCAGGUGGUCGAUGGCACGCAGACUUGUGUCUGUGUUUCGGACUGGACGAACCCGCCAGAGUGCGAUCAGUGGCCCGUGUGGAAAUGGAUCGUCACCAUCGGAGGUGGUGUGGCUGCCUUGUUCUCGAUCAUUAUUUCAGUGCGCGCACUUCUGGCAAGUAUCAAGAAGAAGAAACAGGAUGAAGAAGACAAGGACAACCUGGCCCGGAUCACUCCUAAGAGCGACGUCGCGACGCUAGAGGUGACGCCAGAUAGUGGCUACCACGGCAACUCGAUGAUGAUCCCUACGGCGUACGACCCGCAGACCGACCGCACUUCUGGUGCUCCUCGGAAGCCUGUCGACAACGAGUUCACACUCUGA